AAGGGAAAUUUUCCAAAUUUCAUGAAUUUUCCAACAUAAAAAGUCGAUUGUUCACCCUUUAUUCCAAAAAUGAUGGCCUUGGAUAAUGCUGUGCUACUUGCUAGCUGUUUCUUAAACGCUUUUUUAGUGUUGUCAUGUUCGGAAAGUGCAAGGAAUGUUGUAAAUAUAGCACAAAUGGUGUUACUAAUGAUUUGUCAACUGAUGGGGGUAUUUCUUGAAUCUUUGAACACUCCUGGGAAGGAGGCUACUAAAAAGUAUUGCUGGGAUGUGAGGCCUAAUGCCCAACCUGGCUACAUCUACCAUGCACUGUUGACCAAUUGUUUACUGAUGCAGUCUUUCAAAGUAAAUGAUGAAUAUUGGCUUGGCGUGUCUAUCUUAAUGAUGGUCAUCGUGAUGUCCUCCAUUGUAACGCUUGGUAACCUUCACCUGCGUCAGCCCUCCAUGACGCUCCCUCCUCCCAUGGAUCUCUGGUCACCUGCUCACCUAGCGCUCGUCUUCAUGGCGAUGUGCUUCAUGUCAAAUUGUCAGACAGGUACUGUGCAAUGGUGCUCCUUCUUCAUUCUCAUCAUAGUGUGCCAAUUCGUUUUUAUGUGCGUUAUCCGCAUGGUGCUGCAACGUCUGCCAAAAUGCUUUACUGUCGGUGAGGUCAUGAUUGUGUCUCAAGGGUUUACGUUGUUUCUUUUCUCAACAAUAAUAGAGAUCAUCUUAAGGUUGAAAUUAACAGGAGUUGGGGACUUUGCAACAAAUGAUGUUUCUUACUUUUCAAAGAUCAUCGUACUCACUGCUGCCGUCAUAUGUGCCAUUCCAUCAUUGACGCCAGCGGCCAGAUCUCCUCUUCUGUUUAUCAUCCUAGCUGCUGUGAUAGCUGUUACCUUGACCUUGCCCCUCCUCUGGUUAGGACUCGGACAAAACCCGCUUGUGUGGUUCUUUAAAUAUCUCUUUGGAAAAAGAAAGGUCUUUUUGAUAGGGUACUGGUUGCUGGGAACAAUGAUAGCAGUUUCCAUAGUGAUGGUAUACAACAUGCACCCAAGUCACAAAAGUGCUGGAGUUUCAACCGCUGUUCGGAAAUACUUCCAUAUCGUUGCCAUGGCAAUUUACAUCCCAGGGCUGUUUUACGACCCUGAACUGCUGCGGCUUUCAUCCUGUAUUGCUCUUGCAAUUUUUAUAUGCCUUGAGUGUAUCCGUAUUCUACACAUUCCCCCAUUAGGAAAGCUUCUUGACGAUGCAUUUGGUAUCUUCCUGGACGGGCAGGACCAAGGAGCUGUGAUCUUGACACAUAUUUAUCUGCUAGUUGGCUGUUCACUGCCACUGUGGCUGUAUCCAGAGAACUUAGAAUUUACACAUGGCCCACCAUUACCUCUGUUCAGUGGUUUGAUAUCUCUCGGUGUUGGUGACACCGCUGCUUCUGUGAUAGGAUCAAAGUUUGGAAGGUGCCGUUGGCCAGGAACAAAGAAAACGAUAGAAGGAACAUUAGCUGCUGUGCUAACCCAGCUUGUCUUCUGUGUAGCAUUGUGUUCAUGUGGUAUUCUGCCACAGUAUGAGGACCACUUACUAGCCAUAAUAAUAACCAUCAUCCUGACAUCACUACUGGAGGCAUUCACUACCCAAAUAGACAAUUUAGUGCUGCCGCUUUUCAUGUAUACCUGCUUCCAGGCCUUGUGUCUUCAUAGCCACCAAAAUCACUCAUCUACAAACAUUGAUCUAUAGCCAAGGAAUACACAGAAGGAGAACCUCGAAAUACUAAUUAAUGGUCAUAUAGUUACAUAUAUUCGAUUUUAGAUGUGUAUCAUUGUUAGGGUGAACAUUGAAUCUAGAAUUGUUGCAAGGUGCUCAUUUGCAGUAAAAGUUGGUUAUCGCUUCAGUUUGAUAUUGGUAACAUUGUUUUGUAACUUAUUGAAGGAUUGGUAAUUUUCAGUUCCUUUUUAUAAAUAGGCCAGGGGAAUAAAUUGCAUGUUUUUAUGUAACAUAUCAGAAACUGAAGAGUAGGUUUCGUCCCAUUGAAGACUAAGUUUAUAUCAAUUCAUAAUUGGUGCCAUUUGUAUUUAUUUGUUUGAUAUUCAGUUGUUAGGAGGUUUUGGACUUUUUAAAGUUGUUACAAGGGUGAAUGCCAUUCAUAACUACUACUGAUUGUAGUCUCGAGUAUCAAUUAUCAGCUCGGAGAGUAGUUUAGAUGUGCCUCUUCCCUAAUUUCAUUGAGAAGUUGCUUAAUUCGGAGGGUGUACAUUGCCUUUGUCAGUGUGUCCCAGCAAGGUAUUCAGCUUUUACCAUUGGAAUAUGUCAAAGGCAGUACAGGAUUCAUAUACAUCCUAAGCCUCCCCUGCUGGUCCGUUUUCAUGUGUGGAUCAGACAAUUAACUACUCAAGAGACACCAGAAUUUUGUCAAUAUUGAUAUCUGUGUUAUGUUUCGAUGGCAAUAAAUAAGUUUG